AUGACGCUGGAAAAUCCUAAAAAGAGGAAGAUCAAUGAAUUAAUUGAAGAAAACAGUUUAUUGUCUUUGUUAAUCACACAGACAGGCCCUACACCGCCCAAAGGGACGAUUGACAUGGCAAAUGAAGUUCAUAAGGAUGGGGGCAUAUUAGCGUCUAAAAAUCCUAGAGGUAGUUGUAUAUCUUCAGGAUCUAAAAUGUUAGAUGAUCUUUUAGCAGAUGAUUCGGCGAAGCAAUUUACGAAGUCAAUGACUCGUUUUGGCACCUGCGUUAUUAAAAAUCAACCAAAUAUUGGAGGACUUGCCCCGGGAAAGAUAUAUGAACUAUAUGGCACAACAAAUUCAAGCAGGUAUGAUUUGUUAUUUAGCAUCAUUAAUGAGGUGAUUGGCCCCCAGGACUCGCCAUGCCUAUACGUCAACUCUGAAUUUAAGUUACUCCCAGAAAUGUUACGCCGGCACUCAUCAGGUAAAUUCGAGACCAAUUGGUUGAGGAAUUUCAAUAGUAUUGAUAUUCCAAGCAAUAGCUCGUCGGUAAUUUAUAAGUUAUUUGCAAAGUUGUUGAAUAAUUUCAACAAGAACAACACGUCCGAUGUACCAAUCAAAUCUCACAAAAAAUUUGGUACACAGUACAGAUUAAUCAUCAUCAAUGAUCUUCCAAGAGUCUUAUUUCAUGAAUUUGAAGCUAUAAAUAAAUAUUCUUUGCAUAAUCGCAAACAAAUACGGUUGAUUAACGAGAAGAUAAAGGAAAGAAAGAAGUAUGGUGAGAAAUACAAGCUUUCUCAUAAUGAAAGGGUCUUAAAGUACGGGAAGAAGAGAAGUGACUACAGAUAUGUGAAACAGUUGAAUGAUCAUCAGGCUUUGGAAACCCAGAAAGAAGAGGUUCUCGUAAAAAUCCUCCUGCUAAUGAAAAGAUAUUUGCUUGCAAAUAAAGAUUGCACCAUAAUUUUAACUGGCAGUUUAACUAGUAAAAGAAUAACUGAAGCUCAAGUUGAUACUAAGUUUCAAAAUACUUCCCAAGGUGAUGAUGAUAUAGGCAGUAGCGCAACUCCAGCUGAAGAUUUAAAGGUCAGUGAUUCAUAUCCACACAUGAGUCAAAUAUCAACACUGAAUAGCGAUGGUACAAGUCGUAUGAGUUCGCAAAAGAGUGAGGAUAGUUCUAGGGACGAUGAUGUAGCAGGUAGUGAAAAAAUUGGUGAUGCGAAAUCUGUUGCUCAGGAUGGGCGACAAACUGACGAGAAAACUAACGAGCAGACUGAUGAACAAAAUGAUGAACAAAAUGAUGAACAAAAUGAAGAACAAAAUGAUGAACAAAAUGAUGAACAAAAUGAUGAACAAAAUGAUGGACAAAAUUUCGAGAUUUAUGAAGGCAUUGGUGAAAACGUAAUUGGCGAGUUUGAGUAUGAUGAAACUGGUGGUAAUUUUUGUGAAGAAGAAAUUGAAUUGCAACCCGAAGAAGAUUAUGGUAUUGCUGCCAACAUUUAUGAAGAUGAAGAGAUUGAAUUCAAGGAAAAUGAGGAAGGUGUUGAUGAGGAAGGUGUUGAUAAGGAAUCGGGGCCAAUGGUAGAAGAAAACCAAAGUGAGUUUCCUAUUAUCGGGGAUACCACUUACGAUAAUGUUUCCACUUUUUCAACAAAGCUUGAAAUUAUUACAACAGAACGUAAUGUUGUUGAUGUUUUUGAAGGAAAAGUUCCAAUAGAAUUGAGUAAGCCAACAAAUGGGAAUGUUGAGGAUGAUGUAAUUAUAGAAGCUUGCAGUCAAGAACCAGGAAAUGAAGAGAUAGAUAAGAGUGUUUUAGAAGAAUGUGACUAUUCGUCGACUGAAGGAUCGGACGCAGAAAUAGAAGAGGCCCAAGUUGGCUUUCCUUUAGCACAAUCUUCCCAAUUAUGCCCAUUGCCGACAACCUCAGAGAAAUUUGGAAAUAAUCCUAGCAGUACCGCCAAUGAUUCGACUCUGUCGGAGAAAUUUGGCAAUAUCGUCAAUGAUACAGGGUUUUCCACACUAGUACCCUCUCUAUCACAACUGGCGAAUGCCAAGAUUACGAAAUCCAUCAUCAGACAGUACAAGAAGCAGAAGUUGGUUUGCUCAUUAGGUGAUAAUCCAAUCUGGACAGAUUUUGUUGAAGCAAGGAUAAUUGUUUACAAGGACUGGAUGAUAAAGCCUACAGAUUCCGAAAUCUUCGAGAACCAUUAUGCAACAAGCUUGCAAAGCGCUAUAGACAAACAGAUGUUGAAGUUUCAUCAAAAUCGACUGGCUCCUUGUCAUUUUCAAGUCGACUGGGCAAUCGUCGAAAAGAGAGGCAAAAAGGGUGAAUUUUGUACCAACAAUGACCCAAGUAUUGAAUUUAUGGACAUAAAUGAUACUUGUGACAUAAACUCUUUGGAUAAUAAUGCCAUUAAAAGAGUUUGCUAUUUUAUGACUUCUGAUAGUGGAGAGGUCACAGAUGUUCCAACUAAUCUCGAAGAGUUAUUAACGGGUAACGAGUCAAGUGACGUGAAUCCAAAACAAUCAAAUCUUGAAAUACAAGAUGAGUACUCUAAUGAUUUAAGAGAUCAAGAUAUUAUUGACGAAGAAUUAUGCCGAAUAUUAGUUGACAUUCAUCAGGAUUUGAGGGAUGAACAUGAAGAUGGAAGAUUUAAUUGGAUGAAGGCUGAUGAGAACUUGAAUGAGGAAGGAAUGUAUGAAGAUCAGAAGAACGAAGGAGGAUAUGGCGGUGAUUAUGAGCAAGAGAAUAUUCAACGAACACCGGGAAGUGUAUCUGACCGUAAGGAAAAGUCUUUAUUGGAAGAACAAAGAGCUCAAGAGGCAAUAAUGAUUGAUUUGGCAGUGCCUCUGAAGUCAGUUGAUCAAAACGAAGAUUUUGAGCAAAUUGUGUAUAAUCCAUGUAAUGAGGACAUGUGUACUGAGGACAGCACCAACUGUGAAGGAAAUAUUUCUCAGGUUUAUUCUGAUGAUGAUGGUUCUGAUGAAGAAGAAAGGGAACCUCGAAUGAUGGUUUUAACUCAAGCAGAAACACAGGAACAAGAGGUGGGAAUAUGGUCUGAAAUCCCUGACUCACAAGAAGAUCAUGAUUCUGAAGAAUUGAAGUUGGACACUGCGCAAUAUACCCGAGCUGCAGAGUCUUUCAAACAAAAGUAUAGUGAAUCAAGUGAGAUUCUACAAAGGCUGUUACAUAUUUUAGACCAACAUUAUAGAUGA